AUGGCGGAUCCGGUUAUAAUUCAUAUAUACGGUCUUAUUGAUUCUAACACUUUCAAAAAGGCCCAGUUCUGCGCCAAGAAACUCGUUCUUUCCGCUUCGAAAUAUUUCGGUGAACCAAUCAUUGAAAAGAUGUUCGAGUUUGAAUGGAUGCAUUUUAUUGAACAGCAGAAACAGGAACACAGAGGAGAGAUGUGGGUGUUCAAACACAAUGAGCUGAUUUUCAUUAAUGACGAAUUGAUUGGAGGUUACGAGGAUCUUUUGAAAUGGGCACAGAAUAAUGUCGCCUUUGAGGAUGAUUGGAGUUUGCCAUUGUACUUCGUCUUAACAGAAGAAGAUUACAAGAAUGAGUUAAAAGCAAAAAACCGCGACUUGAUGUACAUGUACAUUUCCAUCGACGACAAACCAGAAGGACAUUUUCUUAUUGAGCUAUUCAGUGAUAUUGUCCCAAAAACUUGUGAAAAUUUUAAAGCGAUAAGCAUGGGUCAUGUCACCGCAACAGAACGACUACUAACCUAUGAAAAAACAAUAUUUCACAGACUUGUACCGAACGGAUGGAUACAAGGCGGAGAUAUAAUAAGAGGAAAUGGUAGUGAUGGAAGAUCCAUUUAUGGAGAAACUUUCGAAGAUGAGAACUUUGCAAUUCCUCACAAUAAGCGAGGCAUACUGGGAAUGGCAAAUCAUGGCCGUCAUACGAAUAAUUCCCAAUUCUACAUUACAUUAACAGCCACACCCUGGAUGAACUGCAGAUAUGUAGCAUUUGGCCAGUUGCUGGAAGGCACAGAGUUGUUGGAAAAAAUGGAAGAGCAGAAAACGAUCAAUGAACACCCGAUUAAUAAUAUUAUGAUUACAAAAUGUGUGAUGCUCGACUUUGAGGAAGACAUCGAUGACAAUAUUCCAGAUUUCUCAAUUGGGCUGGAAGAUAUCCCAAAUAAAGCCGAUGAGGAUGAAACACAAGAAAACGAUGAAAAAGCGUCAACAGAAAAUGAACAAAUACAAAAUGGUGAAUCACAAAACGAAGUUCAAAAAGAAAGUACACAAGAAUCAAGUUCAGAAAAUUUAUCUGUUAAAAAAGAAAUUAUACAAGAUGAGGAAAUUAAUUAA